AGAGAAAGGUAAAUCGUACAGUUAGGUCCAGAAGAACAAAGACAGAGAUUUACGAUUUUGCCUUCACAUACCACAAAAAAUGAUUUGAAAUAAAACAAUCAGGGUGUGAUGUAAGUGUAGUCUUUCAGCUUAAAUUUAAGAGGUUUCACAAAUAUAUGACAUUUACCAUUUAGGAAUUACAGCUGUUUGUGUUUGUUUGAGGGAGGGAUCUCUCGCUACCAGAACAUUCACAUGGCUGCCUGUAAAACUUUGGGAGAUAAAGAAAUUUUUUUGGGAGUGUGUGUUUAAGCUUGCUUUGGGGGGAUGUGGACAAGGAUAGACCGCUUAAUUAAUAACCACCAUCCUUUUCUCCCUGACCUUUGCUGGUCCCUCAUGCUUUAGCUGGAGCUAGGCUCAUUAGCAAAUAUUAGCAAAUAUUGAUGUAUAGCUCACAGGUUGGGCGUCCGAAACGUGGUUGAAUGGGAAUACAGUGAUUCAAAUAGCGGGAAUCGUCAAGCCAGGAGAAGCAGGAAACAGACGCAAACUUCUGUGUGGUCCACUUUGACUUGACAAGUUUCCUUCAUGAAUGAGUGGGUGGGCCCCGACAUCGAUGUGGUGGGACCACUGCAGAUCCCACCCACCGAUGAAUUCUCCAUCUCAGAGGGCUCCCAUUUAUUUGAUAUUCUGGCCGAUCAGAGUAAUCCUCUGCUCCAGGACACUGACAUGUUACCUUUCACCAGCUACCCAGGCAUGCAGUACUCUAACAUGGAGCCAGCCGUGUCCACGACGCCAUACUACUGCACUCAGAACUAUUAUCCUCAGUACAGUGGAGAAGAAUGGUAUUCUCACACUGGGCUAUAUGAACUAAGGAAAACAACACUGGAGGACAGCUAUGACGGUGACAGGGAGGAGGUGUCCGCUGUCAUGCCUGCUGUAUGCAAGAGGAACCGGCACAUGACCCAAGCUGGACGGAUCAAAGGGGAGGAGCUAUGUGUCGUGUGUGGAGACAAGGCGUCUGGCUACCACUAUAAUGCUCUCACUUGUGAGGGAUGUAAAGGUUUCUUCAGGCGGAGCGUAACAAAGAAUGCUGUGUACAAGUGCAAAAGUGGAGGAAACUGUGAGAUGGACAUGUAUAUGCGCAGGAAAUGCCAGGAAUGCCGGCUCAGGAAAUGCAAGGAAAUGGGCAUGCUGGCAGAGUGCCUUUUUACAGAGAUCCAAUGUAAAUCCAAAAGGCUGCGGAAAAACACCAAGGGCUCCCCAGGACAGUCGACUGGAGAUGAGACAGAAGGGGCAGAUUGCAAAGAAGUCACUUCAACCACAAAACUCUCAAAGGGGAAAAUGACUAAAGAGCAACAGGCACUAGUGAAAGCCAUUGUAGAAGCUUACAACAGACAUCAAAUUCCUCAAGAAGUGACCAAAAAACUGCUCCAAGAUCAGUACAGCGCUGAGGAAAACUUUCUCCUCUUAACAGAAAUUGCAACAAGUCAAGUCCAAGUCCUGGUGGAGUUUACAAAAAAUAUCCCAGGCUUUCUGUCCCUGGAUCACGAGGAUCAGAUUGCUCUGCUGAAGGGUUCGGCAGUGGAAGCCAUGUUUCUGCGCUCUGCUCAGGUUUUUAGCCACAAGAUGCCAAGCGGGCACACAGAACUUUUGGAGGCGAGGAUACGCAAGAGUGGUAUAUCAGAGGAGUUCAUCACACCGAUGUUCAACUUUUACAAAAGCAUCGGCGAACUCCAUAUGCUGCAGGAAGAGAAGGCCCUCCUCACCGCCAUAACCAUCCUGACACCGGACCGGCCUUACGUGAAGGAUCAACAUGCUGUGGAAAGACUGCAGGAGCCCAUGCUGGAUGUGCUGAGGAAGUUGUGCAUUUUGCAGCAUCCGCAGGAGCCUCAGUACUUUGCACGUCUUCUGGGCCGGCUGACCGAGCUGAGAACGCUCAAUCACUAUCACGCGGAAAUGCUUGCGUCCUGGAGGAUGAACGAUCACAAAUUCACACCGCUUCUCUGUGAGAUCUGGGAUGUGCAGUGACAGCGCAGGAAAAGGGGAUGUGACAUGAACAUUUUCACUUGAAAGAUAGUCAUGGUCGACUGUAUAUAUACGGUGUAUAUCAACUGAUACGCUGUACGUGUUUCAAAUAAACUCCUGCACAAACAGCUUGCUUGAUUGUUGGUUGUAGUUGCCUGAUUUCAUUCAAGUUAGUUAUUCAUUCAUUUUCUGCCAAUUAUUCUGUUCGGGGUCGCAGGUGAGCUGGAGCAUAUCCCAAUCCUACAAUUCUGUGUCAAAUAAAACAUA